AUGCCUAAAUUCUAUUUCCUGUCUUCUGAUUUCGAUCAGAACCCCGAAUUGGCCAUCACUGCCAAGUUGGGCAGUCUGAUCAUUAAGACUGCUGGGGAAGAAGACCACGCCUACCAGAUCGACGAGCUCGAGACCCUAGAGUUCCGACCGGACAGCCAAUUCAUCACCCGAUCCGUCGACGCAUCGCGCCAGGCCCAGGAGAGGCUUGACAAUGCGCGCCAAGAGGACAAAGCCAUUUUCAUGGUUACGGGCCUCAAAGUUGCCACCGGCUUUCGCCUAUGGGCCAAGGUGGAUUCAUCCACCCAUCCUCGAAUUACGCUACCUUAUCUGAUUUGGGGCCGAGACGUCACUUCGAACCUCGAGAUAUCGAAAACCACUGGAUGGACAACCCAGUACGGUCCGGUGAAAAACAAGGUGAUUUUUGCCAUGAGGGUGGUCAAGAUCACCCGUGGAGACGAUGGCUCGUAUGUAUCCAACGAUGAGGAUGGUGGCCAGUUCGCAAAAGACAGUAAGCAGAAGGGCGCGGCGGCGGGUCUAGAGGUGGCCCAGGUGGAUGAGGGAAUGCGAGACCGUGAGUUUGGUGCUUAUUCAUUGUGGUUGGAGUGA